CGCUCCCGGUCAGCGGCGGCGCGGGAGGGGUCUCGACCCAUCCCCGCCCGUGCCCCGGCCCAUGUCCCGGCCCCCGCCGCCGCCGCCGCCCGGCUCCCCGCGGCGCUUCGGGGCGCUCAGCACCGCGCAGCUCCGCACCCUGCUGCAGGACGAGUCCCGGCUGCAGCGCGCUGCUCGCCUCACCAGGAAGUUUCAGAGUCUGCAGCUGGAGCGGGAGAUGUGUUUGGCUUCAAACUGCACCCUGGCCAGGGUGAACCUGUCCCUGCGCCCGCGCCUGGAGGAUGGGAAGGCUUCCCUAGCCAUCAAGUACCAGGAGCUGCGGGAGAUCCGAGAGGCCUGCUGGGACAAGCAGCAGCGCCUGGAGACACACCUGGAGAAGUGGAGCUUGCAGAGCGCCGUGGACCAGAUCCAAGCCAAGCUUGAUGCUUCUGAGGCAGAGUCAGAGGCACAGAUAUUUCAGUUCCUGGCCCAGGACCUGCCCCUUGAUUCCUUUCUGGAGUCCUUCUGCCAGAGCCGUACACGCUCCCAUAUCUGCCGGACACAGCUGGAGAAACUGCAGGAGCUGCUGCAGAAGGACCAGGUGGGCAGGGACUCCGCGGGCCCCUCAGGGCACCCAGGUGCCCAGGCUAGCCCAGCACCAGCCCGUCUCGCCCCGUUGCGGAGUGGAGUAGCCCCCAAAGCCUUCGAUCUCUCCUAUGGCUUUGUGCCUGCCUUUCUCAUCCCUUCGGAGGCCGUUGUGCCCUUUGCCAUGCCGGCUGCACCUCCCAAACACCAUCUCCCAGCCCUGGAACACCCGCCAGCAUCUCCCAGCUCGGAGCUGCCCAGCCCGGGCUCGCCCCUCCGCCUCGGCGAACACGCCAGCCCUGCCGCCCCGCUCAGCCCCCAGCUUGUCCGCAGGCAGCAGCGGCCGCAGCACCAGGAGCAAGAGGCUCCGCACCGGUAGCAGGGCAGGGACAGGGAUAUCCCCUCUGGUCCUUGGGGCUGUGCAGGGCUCCCCUGUCUAGAAAGCAUGCGGGGUGGGGGUGUGGGGGAGGCACAGCUCCAAGGGGCUGUGGUGUCUGUGGGGCAGACACAGGGGGUGGGUGCUUACAGGAGAGUGGAGGUGCAUGGUCAGGGGUGGGAUAGGGUGGGUGCUGUGGCUGGGCAGUGGGUGUCCUGCACUUGGGGAGCUGCUGGGGGGAGGUCUCUGCAUCCACAGCAAGAGGAAUAGUGAGAGGAGGGCCAGGGGGGUGGUUUGUAGGGUUGUCAGUGGGCGCGGUUGGGUGGGACAUAGCAGGGAAGAGAGCCCAGGAGCACCGAGUGCCACAUGUGUUCUAAAUAAAGGCUCUUCCAUGCUUGCUGUUA